GAGCGGCAUUUCAGGCAUAGUGCUUUAGGAUGCGUUUACUCUGUUGCCAAAUGGAACAGCCUCAUCAGUCCACCCAGCCGUCCAUGCCUCAGCAGUUGUUUUGUUUAUGGUCUUGGCGUGUGUUGUGGUCGGUGGUUGUGGUGCGGUGUUCUUAAUUACCUUUCAUUAUCAGUAGCCUUCGCCGUCCGACGUGUUUCUGACGGAAUACGAGUUACUCAGCGCGGCCGUAACCUGUUGUGCAAUGAAAACCACAUGACCAGAUCACUCUGGACUAUUUUUGUGUACAAACUAUAGUACAAACGAUGCAGCUUGAGGCAAAGUCCACAGCGAGUGACCUGCUGAUUCACACAACUUCCUCAGCUUGCGUUCGCAGCGUCUCGCCAUGAGCAAGCAGAUGUGAGCGGCAGUGUUGUUAAAUGCAAUGAUGGAUACCAGCUUACUGGGCUUUGAUUCCUUGGACUCAUUCGCCAGCCACCACAGCAGCAAUGGCUUCAGAGGAGCAGAGACCACUCAGACAUGCUCAAAAAAGUACAGUGAAGAGUGGUUUUCACUGUUUGAACGAAAAGACAUUGCCAGGUGGCUGAAGGAAAAGGCAUUACGGCUGGAGCUUGCAGACUGCAGAUUCAGAAGCAUAUGUUGGAAGAUAUUUUUAGAAUGCCUGCCAGACUCCAGAAGUGACUGGAUCAUUGCAACCAGAGCAAUGAGGCACAAGUACGAAAAACUUAUGGCUAAGGCAUGUCGAAAUCCAAGAAUGGAAGUGGAAGAAGAGCUUGACCUGUCUCACAACAAUCCCCUGUCACAGGAUGAGAAAAGCCCUUGGAACCAGUACUUUGAGGACAGCGAGUUACGAAUUAUGAUCAAGCAAGAUGUAAUAAGGACAUUCCCAGAAAUAGAAUUUUUCCAGACGUCGGAUGUGCAGGAAAUGAUGGUGAACAUUCUCUUCCACUAUGCAAGGCAGCACCCACAGAUUUCAUACCGACAGGGAAUGCAUGAGCUUUUGGCUCCAAUCAUUUUCGUACUGCACAACGAUCAACAGGCCUUUCUACAUGCCUUAGAGCUGGACUAUAUCAGGGAGUUCCCAGAUGCUCUGAGGGAUGACAUCAGGGAGCUGCUCAAUCCCGACUACACUGAGCAUGAUGCCUUCUUUCUGUUUAAUCAAGUGAUGGAUGCUGUGGAAUCUUGGUACUCGUGGAACGAGAAUUACAUUAAGAUCGACCAGUUCAGUUUCAUGCCAUUCGCCAAGACCACCACUCUAGGUUUACACAACGGUCUAGGCGUGAAGCUCUGCAGGAUCAACCAGUCAAUGCUCAAGGCACACGACCUUGCCAUCUACACACAUUUGGAAAACAUGGAGAUCCCGCUCCACGUAUUUGGAAUACGUUGGCUUCGACUGCUUUUUGGACGGGAAUUCGUUCUGCCAGAACUGCUCAUACUGUGGGAUGCCAUCUUUGCCGACAGCUUGGCCUUCAACCUGGUUGAUUACAUAUUUGUGGCGAUGCUCAUUUGCAUUAGGAAGCCAUUGCUGAACUCUGAUUAUGCAAAGUGCCUGAGCUACUUGAUGAAGUAUCCGGCAGGCCGAAAUGUCACCUACAUUCUUCAACUGGCUCUGCACUUAAAGGACCCUAAGAAAUACCCGAGGCCAGGAGAACAAGAUUUUGAUGUCUACAAUCCUGGCUUGGUCACAAAGAUGUCUGGGAGAAGUGUGCUCUCAGUGGAAGCUCCCAGGUACUUUGGCAGUCCUGUGGGUCGACCCAAUACCUUGGGAAUUCAGGUGCCCAGUACAAGCAGUGAACCAACUAGCACCUUGGAGUCUGGUUCUGAAGUCUCCGAUGAGGAAAGUGCGGCUUCGAGACAGCAGCAGCGGGGCCUGCCCAAGCUCAGCGGCAGCCAGGUGUGGUCCUUUCGGGGCAUCAAGAAGAAUGCCAACCCCAGCAGUGGCAGCAGGGGUGACAAAGAGAUGGUCCAGCUGAACUCCUCAGGUCGUCAUGCGUCAGGGCGGCAGCAUGGAAGGGGGAGGAAGGGCGAGUGCCACCACCACGUGGCUGCCUGUCCAUCUGAGGAAGUCCAUCAACUGCACAGGCAGCUCUGCCACAUGCAGCAGGUGAUGGACUGGUGUUGUACCCAGAUGAGCACUCACCUCGCGUUGCUUCAGGAGUCGGUGCUUUCGCAAAAACUUCAGAGGGAAGAUGAAAUCAUGCUGGCCAUUGCUCGUCUUAAAAGGGUGCGGGACACCCUGAAAGGAACAGUUGAGUGCAAUGAUGUUGGACAGGAGGAGGCUGAAGGUUGGACGUUGUUGUCGAGUGAGCCAAGCAGCAGCCUAGUGGAGGAUAUCUCUUGGGGGGACAGCCAGGAGAAGGCGAGGGAGGCCAAGAAGAAGCUUUUCAAGGCCCUGGUGCACAACCACAAGCCCAUAAGUACAGCUGCCGAUGGGAUGGCACCACUGAGCUGAUUUCAUCUUCACUGUGACAACAGUGUGCGAUGAUGGCUGUGAUCAUUCGCUUUUGUCUUGAUAGGAAGCACUCCUGUCUUGCUCAGAGUUGUAUUCUAAGUGUACUGCGGCUUUGAACUUGCUGCUGGGCUAGUUGGUAACACCUCUCUGGGAAAUACUCGGAGCACAAUUUGGCACACUCCUAUGAUGACAUUGAACAUUAUCUGUCGAAGUGUGUUUAGAUUGAUCAAGACAGAAAGUGCGUGUUUGAAGAGCUUUAGUGUUUAGGCUUGCCACAUGACGGAGCGAGCAAUGUGGUGUUAUUGCAUGGACGCUACACAUUUUGAAAGAAGGUGCGAGGUGUCACAUCUGCUCUUUUCAAACAUGACAAACUUCACAUGUGAUUGUUGACAAGGGACACCAAAAUCAGGUUGAUGUGUGAUGGUAUGCUUAUAACACACAAGAUAGCUUAAACUGCGCAUGUGCUGCCUGCAAAAAGUAAGUAUUUAUAUUACGAAACGAUUCAAAAUAAAUGACACUUGUAAGUCAAUUAGCCAUCCAAGUGGUUUUAUUCUUGUGUAGCAUUCUUUCCACUGGUGUGCUUAUUCUGAAAGAGGUCAUGACCCGCUAGCAUGUGAAUUUUCGCAUUGUGCUGUGUGUGCCUUCUUGUUGACCUGCCCACACUUGAGUUGAAAAAAUGAGGUUUUCAACAUUAUUCAGAAGAAGGAAACUGGGCAUGGCAAAUGCCUGCAUAUAUCGCAAGGCUAGAUGCACCUGCAACCCACGUCCUUUUCUUCUUCCUUAGAGACUCAAAAAUAUGUACGCGAGAACCAUGAGGGCAGCAUUAAAGAACGACGAGCACAAAAAAAAGUUAAACAAACAAUGUUGCAAGAUUGGUGUAACUAUUCAAUCAUAUAGUGAGUCUAUGACCUUCUUCAAACGUAAGAAUUUGGCACUACUUCAAGCUGACAAAGAGGGCAGUUUUGUUGCAAUGCCUAGAACUCUGUGGAAUGACAAAGCUUUGGUUGCACUAAAUAAGUAUUUCGUUCUGGUUAAGAAGAGGUUUGUCAGCUUAAAGGAGCAGUGACAUCAAAUUUAAAGCUUGAGAUGUGGCAUUCAUUCAAUUGCUUAAUAUGCAUGAGUUUUUUUAGCGAAGUAUGAAUGGUGUCAAUUAGAUAGAAGUUAUUUUAUUUCGAAUGCAAACAGCGUCCAAAUGCUUAACGAAGCAUUCGGCUCCAUGAGACAUCCACAGAAUUUUGACGUGUUCAGCAAGCUUCUAGGCCACGCCUCAGAUGCUGAGUGACGAUGUACAAGCAAAGAUGGUGGCAAAAAUUUUAGUGUUGCCACCACGGUGCCUACUUGUGGUACCAUCUGGCAGCGAUGCUUGGCUGCCUGGCGACUGCUUUACUUGUUUUGAAUUGCUUGGUCCAUGCAGCACGUUCAUGUGAAUCCUGCAUUUACGUUGUGCCACUUCGGGUGAUUAGUCAAGGAGUUGUAAGCACGUUCGAAGCUACAAUCAUUGCUAACAAGUAAUACCCACACAGCGUUCAUAUGUGGGAUUGUAACAUCUCUUGCCAGGCUGCAUGGCCCAAGUGUGCGUUUCACACUGCCUCUUCAUCACUGCUUAGUCAGUCGUCGAUUCCAGAAUCACCGCUCUGAAGAGGAUCGAACACAAAAUGAUUAGCGAAGUCGCCAAGCACAGUGAUUUCAUAUUGUUUUCAUCGCCACUUGUGGACGCUGAUGACGGUGGCGAGGACAUGCCUACACGUGUGCACUGAGCAGACAAAAUGUCAGCUGAAACUCGCGUCACCAUUUCAUGUGGCAACAUGUUUAGAUGGAGUGGGACAGCUGGAGGUGAGCGCUUGACAGUGCUUAAAAUUGGCGAGCUUUGCACCAUUUUGAAUUGGGUUUGAUACUGGUCAUACUAAUCAAUAUUACAUAGAUAAUUUGUCCCUCUGUUGCAUUAUUAGUGCCGAAUUUCGUUAGUAGGGGAUCAAUAACCACACAUUGAGACAAAAACAUGACAUGCGUAAGGUUGAUGUCACGCCUCCUUUGAAGUUCCAGUGCACUGACUUUUGCAAUAGUCUUGCAUUGAGCAAGCUAACUAAAUGUAUCUUGCUGCAGAAUGUUUUUUGCAGCAAUGUUCUUUUUUUUUGCAGCAAAAUGUUUUUUGGGAGAUUGUUAAUCAUAAAGCGGCACAUAUUUUGCUGCUGCAUGCAAUAAAUAAUUAAUUAUAGGCUUCUCAUUGCGAACCAUUCUCAGAUUCGGUUUGAGAGAGCUCCCAGAACGACAAGCCACCUGGGUGCAACUACAUCCCCAGCUAGCUUGUGCAAUGCUUGACCAUGUCUGCAUGUGGAACUGUGAUGCACUUCGGCACCGUAUGAAUCAAGAAGUCCAUUUGGACAUGAAAAGGGACAGCAGUGUUGCCAAACACAAAAGUUUCAAUGUGUGCGCUGUGGCCAUGGACUCGCGAGCAGUUGCGUGAGAGUACUGGGGAGCUAUUUUGUUACCAUUCUAUCGUAGGAGCGGGAGGGAUGGACUGCACGAACAGGAGGGAGCAGCAUUAUAACUUAUAUUGACUGCAGCUUGGUGACGUGCGGAAAGUGGGGCAGUCAUCGUGGAUCGCUUUUGAGGGAGCCAUUCUCAUAAGCUCAUGGGAACUUCAAAAUUUAUAUAUAAUACCUUCCAAGCUAUGUGCUCUGCUGAUAUUUUGCAGGUGAUAUACGCAUGUUUACAGGAAUCGAUAGCGCAGGCUGUCUCGGCUGCGAAAUUCUGUAUCAGUACUCACCGAUCUUGGGUAGAUAUAAGUUAUUCACCCGUGGCACAUACGUGCAUACCGCGGCUUGAGGUAUACGGGUAUAUUCCAUUGUGUCUGGAGGAAGAAGUUUGAUGAUGCACGUAACAAGAUUUUCACGUUAUGUCAUAACAAGCCAGACAUAUUUUUCGAGCCCUUUUACCCCCCACCUCCUAUGUUAAUUUUAACUUAACCCAAAGUUAAGCAGAUGAUCACGACAGCAUCCGGACGUGGGUGGUUAGAUAGGUAUUUAUUGAUUUAUAUGUGGGGUUCAACAUCCCAAAACCACCAUAUGAUUAUGAGGGACACCGUAGUGGAGACCUCCAGAAAUUUCAACCACUUGGAGAUGUUUAACAUGCACCCAAAUCUGAGCACACGGUGGUUGGAUAAAUACAAAGGUAGAAAUGCGCAAAGUUGCUGUAGUUCCAAGAAAAGCUUUGCAUUUAAAAUAAGGAGGAAGACAAGUAUGCACAUUUAGUUGCACAUGUGGGUGUGAGCCAAAUUUAUACCACUAAGAUGGUAUGCAAAAUGAAGAGAUUGCUUUAGGGGCAUUCUUUAUAUGGAAGAGUGAUUGUGUCUGCAUAAGCGAGACGCCUAUAUCCUUGCUUGCUUCUAAAUUUCUGCAGACUCCUUUUGACAGGCACAGCUGUCCGUUGAUUGCACAGUUGCGUCUGCUAUACUGCAGGUUUUAUCACAUAUUCAUAUCCUUAUUACAUUUGAUUUUUUGUUUCCAACACGAUAUUGCACACGCACGAUACCUUGAAAAUGUGUAUUUCAGCUCACUUAGCCUGUAUUUAAGCUCACUUAGUAGUGCUAGUCUGUUGUCUACUUCACAUUUUUUAGGCUCGUCGUUCUUUAGUGUGUGUUCAUAGAUAGCCAACUAGCUCAACUGUCUAGUCUGCUCUGCUGAAGUGUAGGCAAUAGUUUUCCGAGACUGCAAGUUCAUCGUAUAAGAGCAAGAAAAAUAGCAUGUGAGGUACCAAAAGCAUAUUUUUCAUAGAAAAGAAUAAGUGCUUGUGUAAAAGUAAACUUCCAAUAUCUUUGUUUUCUCCAUAGUUAUCUUUCCUGAACUGUGACUGAACACAGCUGCAGUGCGGAUAGUGGAAGCAGCACGAUGCUGUUCCUGCAUGUGCAAAUUAUAAAUUCAGGAAUUCAUACUAUGAAUGAGCAGUUGUCAGACUGGCUGUGAGAGCAUUGAAUUUUUGUAUGUGUGUGGGCAUGUGUGCCUAAUUACGCUCUGAGUAUUUCAUCGAGAUUAUAAGGGCGUGUUGACAACUUCAUUUAUGAAUGCUAUCUUCUUCAGACAACCUUCUUGUUAGUCGCUUCGGUCAUCAUGGUGAUAGCUUGUUAAAGCACAAAUGUGAAAUAAAAACAUCAAUAGCUG